GGCUAUUGCCACGAAGGCUGCAGGGGGAGAGAAGGCGAGUCCACACGAGCCAAUGGCGCCCAUAGAGCGCUCCUUGGCGAAUGACCUUCCCGGGUAUCCCCCCUUCCCCCCUCCUUGCGUGUCCGUAGGCCUGGCGUGUGCGUGGGAGCGUGGCCACGCGUGUCGGCGUGGCGGGUGUUUCCGAGGCGAGCCAUGACAUCACCGGCGGAGACACAAAGCCAAGGACCGCCGGCGAUGGGGAGAAAGAGGAUGCUGCCGAGGAUGCAGAAGGGGAUGCUGCUGCUGCUGCUGCUGGGGCUGGGGCUGGGGCUGGUGCUGCAGAGCCCUCUCCGGGCUCCUUCCGGGCCCCGCCCCUGCUGAGGCCCAGGCCCAGGGGGAGCCCCUCUCUUCCGCCCCGCCGCCGCAGCAGCAGCAUGCCCUGGGGAGUGGGCAUCGCCUCCUCGCGCUCCUGCGUGGUGGACCUCAGCCGCAACCAGAGCCUCUGGCGGGGCGGCGGAGGGGCCGGCGGGGCCGGCGGCGGCGGCUCGGAGGAGCACUUCUCCUUUUAUGGGGAGCUGGUGGCCUUCCCUCUGCAGGACUACGGCGGGAUCAUGGCGGGAUUGGGGCCCGACUCCUGGUGGAAGAGGACCCUCUACCUCACCGGGGGAGCCCUCCUCGCCGCCGCCGCCUACCUGCUCCACGAGCUCCUGGCCAUCAGGAAGGAGCAAGAGAUUGAUUCCAAAGAUGCUAUCAUACUGCAUCAGUUUUCUCGGCCAAACAAUGGUAUUCCCAGUUUAUCUCCUUUCUGUUUGAAAAUGGAGACCUACCUGAGGAUGGCGGAUUUGCCCUACCAGAACUACUUUGAUGGGAAACUUUCCCCUCAAGGGAAAAUGCCAUGGAUUGAAUACAAUAACAAAAAAGUGUCUGGCACAGAAUUCAUCAUUGAGUUUUUGGAAGAGAAACUGGGAGUGAAUUUAAACAAGCACCUUGGUCCACAUGAGAGAGCUGUUUCGAGGGCAGUAACUAAAAUGGUGGAGGAGCAUUUCUACUGGACCUUGGCAUAUUGUCAAUGGGUGGACAAUCUCCAUGAAACUCAGAAAAUGCUUUCUCUCAGUGGUCCUUUCAGUGACCUGUUGAAGUGGAUUCUGUGCCAUAUAACCAAGGGAAUUGUCAAACGGGAAAUGUAUGGACAUGGCAUUGGACGCUUCUCUGAGGAAGAAAUAUACAAGCUGAUGGAGAAGGAUAUGCGCUCUCUAGCUGGUCUUCUGGGUGAUAAAAAGUACAUAAUGGGACCCAAGCUUUCCACUUUAGAUGCCACCGUGUUUGGGCACCUUGCACAAGCAAUGUGGACGCUACCAGGAACAAGACCUGAAAGGCUAAUUAAAGGUGAACUGAUUAACCUUGCUAUGUACUGUGAGAGAAUAAGAAGGAAAUUUUGGCCAGAGUGGCAUCAUGAUGACGACAAUACCCUGUAUGAGUCAGAAGAAAGCAGUGAAGCAAGUAAGACACAACCCCUGCAGGACUUCAGCUUUUACUCAAGGACAGAAACCUUUGAUGAUGAAGGAACUGAGAACAGCUUUUCCCGAACCCCUGAUACUGAUUACACAGGACACUCCCUCUUUGAUUCUGAUGUGGACAUGGACGAUUACACAGAUCAUGAACAAUGCAAGUGAUGAGUCCAAAAGAGACCUCUCCACUUGCAUCAGAAACACCAUCGCCUUUCAAGGUUCGCGCCAGCUGCGCCAGGUUCAAAUGAGGGACGACAUGUUUGGAGAGAGACCCUUGAUGCUGUUUUCCUGUGCUAUUUGGACCUUUUCAGUGUUUUUUCGUUUUGUUGAAGCUUUCCAAGGGAUCCUAGAUAGACAUUUUUAAAAUUUUGCUCAACAAAAUGGAGACAAGUUUACAAGGAAGAUAAUGGGGGAAGGGGAUGGGGAUUAAAAGAAGAAACCCAUGGAGAAGAAAGGAAGAUGCAGCGUGAAGUGAUGGAAAUGGCUAACUAGACAGCAGUGUCCUCCAUCCUCAGAAAUAGAUUGAGGAGAACUGAAGGAGAGGGAACUCCUUAGACUCAUUCAACACAGAAUUCCUCGAAUGUGUUCAAAACACCAAGGAAUUAUGAAAUUCUCGUUCCCAUCCAUGUCUUUUCACACUCUGGUGUGGCAGGUGACUGCUUGCUUUUUGUGUGUGUAGAAGGUUUGAGAAAUAUCUGGUCUCCAAUUUAAUGGAGGAAGGACCAACUUUUUUAAAAAAAAAAAGUAGGAUGAGGGUUUUUUUUGGUGUGUGUGUGCAUUCAGAAUCCAGACAUUGCUUGUUCUGAUGUGAUAAAUGUGCUUAAUAAUGCUUAACUUACUUUGCAAACAUUCAAAAAAGUGUGCUGAGUUUGACAUUUUGCCUGUUUAUAAAGUCUCCUGCCACACAAUGGGAUGAUGAAGGAACAGAAUGCAGGAUCAAGUUGUACCAUGGAAGAAAUGGCUAAUGAAUUGGAAAGAUGUGAGUCUCAAUGUCUAGAUUGCUUAGGGCAGCGUUUCUCAACCUGGGGGUCAGGAUCCCUGGGGAGGGGUCGUGAGGGGGGUUUCACAGGGGUUUCCAAAGGCCAUCAGCAAUCACAUAUUUCGGAUGGUCUUAGGAACCCCUUUGGCAGAGAAGGCUGAAGAUUUCUCUGCCUGUCCUUGGGGUUCUGUGUGGGAAGUUUGGCCCAAUUUUAUCAUUGGUGGGGUUCAGAAUGCUCUUUAAUAAUAGGUGAACUGUAAAUCCCAGAAACUACAACUCCCAAAUGUCAAUAUCUAUUUCCUCCAAACUCCAUCAGUGUUCAUAUUUGGGCAUAUUGAGUAUUCAUGCCAAGUUUACUCCAGAUCCAUCAUUGUCUGAGUUCACAGUGCUCUUUGGAUGUAGGUGAACUACAACUCCAAAACUCAAGGUCAAUCCCCACCAGACCAUUCCAGUAUUUUCCAUUGGUCAUGGGAGUUCUGUGUGCCAAGUUUGGUUCAAUUCCAUUGUUGGUGGAGUUCAGAAUGCUCUUUGAAUGUAGGUGAACUAUAAAUCCCAGCAACUACAACUCCCAAAUGACAAAAUCAAUCCCUCCAACCCUAUCAGUAUUCAUGUAUUUGUGCCAAAUAUGGUUCAGUGAAUGAAAAUACAUCUUGCAUAUCAGAUAUUUACAUUGCAGUUCAUAACAGUAGCAAAAUUACAGUUAAGAAGUAGCAACAAAAAUAAUAUUAUGGUUGGGGGUCCCCACAACAUGGGGAACUGUAUUCAGGGGUUGCGGCAUUAGGAAGGUUGAGAACCACUGGCUUUGGGCCCUCAAGGACAUUAAUUCCCACCCCAGUUGUUAAGUCUGUUCCACACACAUACAUUUAUCCCAAGCCAUAAUAAUGUUAGGUUUUCUGCUAGUAUCUAGUAAGCUGCACAAAAAGGGUUUUCUACUGAUGAUGCAUAUGGAAUACAUCUGUGCGGUAAAAAUUGAAUUGAAUCUUGAAAAAGUUACUUUUGAACAGCAACAUUUGGAAUCCUACUGAAGAUGCUAAAAGGUGUGGCUGGAGAAUUAAUUUUUCAAAUGAUGAGUCUGAUAAUAUUUUACUUCCUCACUUGCAGUAUGGCAAAAAUGUGGGAUUGGAAAAUCCCAUGAUUUUGUUUCAGAACAGUGCAGGCAGUGUCGAGUUUAUAUUUUGGAAAGGAAAAAUGCUGCUAGAUUUGUAUAUACUAUGACCUGAAGGAUCUUCCCUGACAGGGUAUCUUGAAGCUAAUCAUGGUUAAUCAAGGAGAAGCACAUGACACAUGUUGAAAGAGAUUAUCAUGUUCAGUAGGUCUAGACAUUUGAAAUACUGGAAUAUUAAUUUAAUUACAAAAUAAUAAUUUUGAAUCAUAGCCCCAAAAAGUCAGUUUCCCAAGUUGUGAUCAUGUCAGGUGUAUCUGGGCAAAAUCUAACUGAUAUUAUUUAAGUUAUUUAUCUCACAUCUCACUCCUUAAUGUGCCAGUUAAUUCUGCUGUAGGGCUAGUUGCUCUGUUAGCAACCUGAAAAUGUGUUUAAUCAAAGUUUGGUGUUGUAACCUUCCUUUCUUUCUGUGUACUGAAUCUGAUUUAUAAUCUCAUCAUAUCUGCACAGCUGUUGCAUGCAGUGCUGAGAUGAGUACUAUUAAACUGAUAAGGGUGUUUCAGCAAUGUAAUCACAUAGAGGGAAUAUUUGGUUCCUGGGGUUUUCUUAAUCAUUUCGUUAUCCAUAUCUUCUUUUGAAGUGUAGUGUGAGAACUGUUGUUGAUCCCAGAACCACAGAGUUCUAAUCACAGGGUAUGUUCAUUAGCGUCCCAGUGCUCAACUGAUAGCUCUUAUGAACAGAAAAUCAAAGCAUGCUGUAAUUUUGGGGAGGCUAACCAGGCCUCAGUUUUUCUUGUACAAAUACAAAAUGUGCCUGAAAAGACAGAGAGGGUGGUAGGAAUCACAUGUGCCUUGUCUGUGACCUUCUGACUUGGUGAUGGAUUUCAACUGAGGCCUUAAGUCUAGUGAGCUGAAAAAAUAUAAUAGGGUUGUCCUUUUCCUUUCCUCUAAACCAGUGGUUCUCGACCUGUGGGUCCCCAGAUAUUUUGGCCUUCAACUCCUAGAAAUCCUAACAGCUGGUAAACUGGCUGGAAUUUCUGAGAGUUGAAGGCCAAAACACCUGGGGACCCACAGCUUGAGAACUACUGCUCUAAACCACUGCAACUUUCCAAACUGAAUACAAGGUUGAAUGCCCCCCCCCCUUUUUCUGGGAAUGAUGGAGUCUAAGAGCCUUCUUAUCUUCAAUAAAAAUAUAAAUAUUACCAGAGUGGCUUAGAAAUCCAUAUAAAACUCUUUGUAAUCUAUAUUAGGAUAAAAAACCAGACAUUAUAUCAGCCUUACCAGUUUAACCAGAAGGGGGGAAAAAACAAAGUUGCUCAGUGCAGUCUGAAAUGCUUAGGAAAUAAAGUCUUUGAUAUCAUAUUGACAAGAUUUGGGUGCAUAUCUGGACAGAUUACUACAGGAGUAAGGUACCCAAGUAACAACCAUGCCCAUCUCUUUGGCCCCCAUUCAACUCAGGUGCUGAUGCCAGUUGAACCAAGGGGUCUUUAAGUGUGAUGAAUGAUCUCUGAAGUAAAUAUUAAUACAUUUAUUUUCAUGUCAGGAGUGACUUGAGAAACUACAAUUAGCUUCUGGUGUGAGAGAACUGGCUGCUUGCAAAGACAUUGCCCAGGGGAUGCCCGGGUAUUUUAUCCUCCUGUGGGAGGCUUCUCUCAUGUGCCUGCAUGGGAAGCUGGAGCUGACAGAUGGGAGCUCCCCGGAUUUGAACCGCCAACCUUUUCGUCAGCACUCCUGCCAGUACAACUGAUUGCACCACCAGGGGCUCCAUUUUAAAACAUGGAUAAAUUCAAGCUAUAUAAGGCAGAUUUUGAGCUACGGAUUUUGAGCCACGGAACAGGGGAGGAGUCAGGAAGGACUCAAGCCUUCUUUGACAUAGACUGAAAGGGUGGAGUCUUUCCAAACUGAUAGGACAAAAUUUGACCACCAAGAUUCCUUUUUAAUUGAGCCCCUUCAGUAAUGAUAAAUCAACAGUGCACUAAACUAUUGUUAUUUUGCUGUAGCUCCCAUGGUACUCAGAUUGUUACCACUUUUUGUUGGAUGAUGGUAGCAAUGUUGUUUGUAAUUGCUUCAAUGGAAUGUGCUGUAUUUUCAUUAUUUCAUUGCAAAUAUACUUAUAAGUAGUCUAAAUUAAUAAUGGCCUCCUUGCUAAUGUUGAGUUUACACCCACACAUUAAAAACACAGUAAAUUCACAGUAACACAGUGUUUCCUCUUUCUUUUU